GAAUAACCUUCCUGUAAAUGUUUGAGACUCAGACACCAUCUCAAUAUUUAAGGCUAGACUGAAAACUUAUCUGUAGAGUCAGGCAUUUUGUUAAAUACUUCCCCUCUUAGGUAAAGGUGUUGACUGAGAGCAGUGGAGUGCUGAUGUUCCAGGGUGCCGUCAUGCCUGGGUUUCCUUCUGGCUCUAUCCUUUGCGCUGUUCUGCCAUAGCAAGAUCUGCCGGAGUCCAUCACUGCACGUUAUAUUUCCCUAAUUUACACACCCUCGUACCUGGACAUACCUAAUUCUCUCUUUUUGCUGAGGCAUGCCUACGCCUGAUGUCAUGAUGUUACUGAGCCUCAAUCAGCUGCCAUGGCUCCUUCCACCACCCACUGAUGUCCCCCUGAUGUAGCCCACCACACCUCCACCCCAGCCAACUACUACUCUGUCACCUUUGAUGGACAUUCUCGUGCAGGAUGGGUUUCGGAUAUGCACACACUGUCAAGACCAGACUAGGACUUCUAGAAAACUGGAACAGACAUUGAUUGCUUAUUAUUAUUAUUAUUAUUAUUAUUAUUUGUUCUGUCUAUCUCUCACUACUUAUUCUGCUCUUUAUUGUGUAUACUGUGGCUAUUGUAGUGUCCGUUGUCAGCCAGAGGAGGAUGCCUCCCCUCCCUUGAGUCUUGGUUCCUCUCACGGUUUCUUCCUCACGCUCUAGGGAGCUUUUCUUUGCCAUGUCGCCCUUGGCUUGCUCACGGGGGGCUUGGACUCGGACGUUUGUAAAAAGCGCCGUGUAAAUACACUUGACUUUUGACUUGGUGUCGCGUCAUUCUCCGUGUCAUCUCUCGCGUGUUUUCAUGACAAAAACAGUUCGGAAGCCUGGCAGACUCGCCGGAUGGGGAAUAUCUAGCGUGUUGUCCCCCUGUCGCCGGAGAAGUCAUGUAGUGUGCAAACAACAAAGACUUCAAGAUUCCCGAUUACACGAUAGCGAGUGGUCGCAAAAUCCCCCUCGGAACUCGAUUCCAGCCACGGCCCGAGUUCUGCCGAGUGAUGUGAGAGGAACGUGGUUACUUUUCAUUCUGUCACCAUCUCGCCAAACUCGAUGGGAAAACAGCGGAGAGUAUUGGGUCAUGACUCCCGAGGAAGGCAACGGUGUCCUUAGUAUUUCGUUUUAAGGCAUUCUGCGCAGUGAAAAGCAAUGCAACGGCACAGAUUGCGUUUCAAGGAGCAUUACGUUUACUUACGACACAAAUCCAGCAUUUAAUUGUUAAAUCAACGACAAAAUAAAGCUUUUCGGUUCGACACGUUUUGGCACAUUACCUAUUGCACUUCACGUCUUUACUGUCUUGGUUGCUUUAAGAUCUGGCGGCUGCUUAUAAAGAUAGAAACGUCGAGUAGUCAUCCCUCUGGGGGGGCUGCUUGUCUGCGAUGGCUGCUUCCUCCCUUACAAGUAAACAGAAGCGCUGUUUGUCAGCAACAGAACAGCAAAACCUCCACAGGAAGCAAUGACGACGUCCGGAGCUCGCCGUCGAUAACGGAGGGAAACGGCAUCUUAAACAUAACCCUAACAAAAGCGCCGCACUCCUGUCCGUGUGGAAAGAUUAAUUGACAGCUCGGAUCAUUCAAGAGAGGGGAAGCGGCGAAAUGGAAAAACAGCCGUCUUCUGGCCCAGACAGCCCGGUGCUGCCGCCCGCGUUCAGAAAACCACGAACACUGGGUGCAAAUCUUACGCCUCGGCAAGACACCGGUGAUUCGUCCGACAGCCCCACUAGUUCGCAUGUGGAGUGGUGUAAGCAGCUGAUAGCAGCUACCAUCUCGAGCCAGAUAGCAAGCACGGCUCCUCCAGAGGCAGUGCCACGCGACUCUAGGACCGGGUGGAAGCUAGAUCAUAGGGUAUCCAGGAGGCCUAAUUUGAGGGACUCUAGUGAAGAACAUGGCUAUCAGUGGGACGGUGUGUCUGAGCUACCUCCUUCUGCUGGGCAGGCAUUUAAAGAGGUGCCAAAGCAAAUUCCUGUGGAUGAAGUUCCACUGGUCCCCGGAGAGACCGUAAUGUCCACUGCUAAAGAUGUGAUGUACAUCUGUCCAUUCACCGGCGCUGUCACUGGCACACUGACGCUCACUGACUACAAGCUUUGCUUCAUCAGUCUGGAGAGGGAGCCUCCAUUCGUGCUGGACGUGAACCUGGGUGCGAUCAGCAGGCUGGAGAGCAUCAGCGUCCAGAGCCACGGAGAGAACACGCGGGGCAUGGAGAUCGUCUGCAAGGACAUGAGAAGUCCACGGUUUGCAUAUAAGCAAGAGGAGCAAAGUAAUCAGGAAGUCGUGGAGACCCUCAUCGCUAAGUAUGCCUUCCCUCUGUCCAGUGAUCUGCCGCUGUUUGCGUUCCAGUAUAAAGAAGAGUAUCUGAUAGAUGGGUGGAAGGUUUAUGAUCCAGUGGCAGAGUACAAGAGACAGGGUCUGCCGAAUGAAAGCUGGACUAUCAGCAAAAUAAACAGCAAUUAUGAGGUGUGUGACACGUAUCCUGCACUGCUGGUCAUCCCAACGAGUAUCAAAGACGACGAUCUUAAAAGAGUAGCCUCUUUCAGGGCCAAGCACCGCAUACCGGUCCUGUCUUGGAUCCACCCCGAGAGCCAGGCCACCAUUGUGCGCUGCAGCCAGCCGCUGGUGGGUCCCUCAGACCGCCGCUGCAAAGAGGAUGAGCGCUACCUGCAGACCAUCAUGGACGCCAACGCACAGUCACACAAGCUCGCCAUAUUUGACGCGAGGCAGCUCAGUGUGGCAGACACUAAUAAGGCCAAAGAUGGUGGUUAUGAGAAUGAGAAUUUCUAUCCCAACGUGGAGCUGAAUUUCCUGGAUAUCCCCAACAUCCAUGUGAUGCGCGAGUCUCUGCGGAAGCUGAAGGAAGUGGUGUAUCCCACCAUCGAUGAACCUCACUGGCACUCGGGCAUAGACGCCACACGUUGGCUCGAGUACAUUAGGCUCUUGUUGGCAGGCGCGGUGCGUAUCGCGGAUAAGCUGGAGUCAAGUAAGAGCUCGGUGGUGGUGCACUGCAGCGACGGCUGGGACCGCACGGCUCAGCUCACCUCUCUGGCCAUGCUGAUGCUGGACUCGUACUACCGCACGCUCAGGGGCUUCCAGGUGCUGCUGGAGAAGGAGUGGAUCGGCUUCGGACACAAGUUCACCUCGCGUGUUGGUCAUGGUGAUAAGAACCAUGCCAACUCAGAACGCUCCCCUCUGUUUGUGCAGUUCAUAGACUGCGUCUGGCAGAUGAUGAGACAGUUUCCUUCUGCUUUUGAAUUCAAUGAGCUCUUUCUCAUUACCAUCCUCGACCACCUCUACAGCUGCCUCUUUGGCACAUUCCUCUACAACAGUGAGCAAGAGAGAAUGGAAAAGGAAGUACAAAGUAAGACCGUGUCUCUGUGGUCCUAUGUGAACAGUCAGCUAGAGGAAUUUACCAACCCUUUUUACAUGGAUUAUGAAAACCAGGUGCUGUAUCCACUAGCCAGUCUCAGGCAUCUGGAGCUCUGGGUUGGCUACUAUGUGCGCUGGAACCCUCACAUGAGACCUCAGAUGCCUGUACAUCAGAGUUUGAAGGAGUUGCUGUUUUUGCGUGCCGAACUGCAGAAGAGAGUGGAGGAGCUACAGAGAGAGACAUCUUCAUCCCGCUCCAUCUCCUCGUCCUCGGAGCACGCCUCCUCACCCUCACACGGUGGCACACCACUUCACACCGUUGUCUGAAUGUAUGCCCCACUCAGGCAGGAGCAGUCAGGCAAGAAUGUCAUGUGGGAAAAGUCCCACCCAAAGACACGCAUACACUCAUGUUCCCUUCCCUACAUCCACAGACAAGUCACAGGUCUUAGUUUCAGAUUUUACCUUUUUUAUAAGCUGUGAGAGUACUGUUUCUUUCUAUUUUGUAAUUAUACAGUCAGUUUGUUUGGCUCCUGGUUUUCUAGGUUUUAAUAUCUAACAUUUGAGCUGUAAAUAUGAACAAAUUAAUUAAUAUAUUUGUAUGUAGCUAAGUGGAAUCAGAAUCCUCUCCAAAGACUCCUGCUUUUCUUGCCACUCCGUCCUUGCAUUUUUAAACCAUUUGUUGCUGUUUUUGGUUACAUGAACUUUUAUUCCAUUUUUAUUCUAUGAAGUUUCCUCUUUUCAUGCUGUACUUUUUAUCUUUCCGGUUUAAAUUCACUUCGUCUUCACACUGAAGUUUGAUUUUUAUUUUAUUUUAUUUUUUAAAUAGGCCAUUGGUAAAGAACAAACAUCCGGCACAAUCCUAUGUAGCCUCCUACUAUGAAGUUGUGAAAUGAGGUGUCAAAAUGUGAUUGUAGUGCCGUGUUCAGGGCCAUCCUUUAGUCUUUGUCUUUGUAGUGAUAUUGUAUGCAUAUUUCACCUGGUGAAAAAAGGUGUCAUUGCUGAUUUGUAGAGGGUUAUGAAGGACAUCAGCUAUAAUGCACAGUUUGCUGUGAUUUGUCAGUUCAGUGUUGAUGUUGUAAAAUAAACCGGAGGCGUGUCACAUUUUCA